AUGGCACAAGCCUCGCGGCAAUCUGUGAUGGAUAAAGUGUUCGGUAGCCGUGUCGAUUGUUCUGCGUUACAAACGCUAUGUCUUUUGAGCCUUUUUGAACAUGCAGAAGGAAAUAUUGUCCAAGCAGGGAUCCACCUCAGUACGGCGAUUCAGCUACUGAGCGGCAUUCCUAAGGGUAGUUUCCUUGGUGACGCUGCCGAGUUCAACAACUGCAUUCGAAGUAUCUUUGUACUUCAUCACCUGCAGGGCAGCGUUUCAUUAAGCGUAUGGCCAACUACCAUGACGCACGGCGAAGACACAUCCCUGGGAACUUCACAGUGCUCAGCGUGGCUUCUUCCGCCCGAGAAGUCACCGUCAUGCGAUAUGGAUCGGGGCAUCAUGAAAUACGCGAUUCCGCUCGCUCAAAUAUGGAGAGCAAUCAGAGUCUACGCCUCGCGCCGUGUUUUCUCGGAUACCCUGCCCCCAUGGAACCCUCGUUCCGAUUACUCCCAGGUUACAUAUCGACACCUCGAGCUCGACUGUAGUGUGCCACUGAAAUAUCGCUUCUCUGCUAACCAGAUUGACAAGCAGACGCCUGAAACUCUGCAGCAAAACAGAGGGUAUUGGGGCCCUUAUCUAUUUACACAGUUCGUCUAUGCUUCCAUUCCUGUUAUCCUCAAUCACCCAUUUCUUUUGUCAAUGCGGCUACGGCACUUUCGACACACAAUGCCCCAGUCAUUUGUCAAUAGCUCUUUCGAUGCAAUCACCCGGCAUAUUGGAUGGAUUAUGUACCAUCUUGAUGUAUUGGAGAAGUUGGACUAUCGAGUGUCUGACCCAACCUUGGCCCAUGUUGUUGCAGUAGUUGCCACCAUUCAUCUGCAGCACAGUUUUGUGGAAGACUUUGCCUUGCGUGAGAAGGCCAAAGCUGGCUUUGAGAAGUGUGUCGAGUUCUUGAGAUGUAUGGGUCUCACAUGGCAUGGUGUUGCAGUCAUGCAUGAGAAUCUGCGAAAGCUGCAGAACAGUAUACAGGUUGUACCUCUUGCUGGUGAAGACUGUGGGCUGAAUAGGCCAGCCCAACAGAAGUUCUCCAUCGACACGAGACUUCUCUGGGAUAUUCUAUGUUACGAGCAAGCUGGAAGGCCGGAUGCGCGCGCCGAUGAGUCUAUUUAUAGUGGCCUAGCAUCAACCUACCAGGACCCGGCGACAGGCACUAAUGACGAUGGUGAUGAAUAUGAUUUGGUCGGCUCAGCUGGAAUCAUUGGCCACAAGACUGUUUCAAAGGACACGCCUCUCUACGCCCCGGGCGAGGGUGAGGUGAGCCACCCAAUAAGAGGCCGUGUUCCCUCUGAUGCUUCGGGGUUGCUAGGAUCUCUCCAACAGAAUAUUCAGGAAGGCUUUGGAUCGGCCAUGGAACCAAAUAAUAUCUUUCCCGAAGUACACGACUUUGGAAGGGCCAUUGAUGAGUGGCUGAGCCUUGAUUGGGGAAAUACAAUGCUGUAG